CUUACUCUUCCGCCACCACCAUGGACACGAACCGCGUGCAGCCCAUCAAGCUGGCCCGAGCCACCAAAGUGCUGGGCCGGACCAGCUCCCAGGGACAGUGCACUCAGGUCCGCGUGGAGUUCAUGGACGGCAUCAGCCGUUCGAUCAGCCGCAACACCAAAGGCCCCGUCCGGGAGGGAGACGUGCUGACCCUUCUGGAGUCUGAGCGCGAGGCCUGGUGGUUACUCUGAGCCCUUCCAGCCCGAGCCCCACUGAUGGGAUCCCACUGAUUCAGUUUGAUCUGCCCAGUCUGGACAAGGAGAGAUGAGCCGCUGAAUGCCGUUCCAUUAAAAUUUUGUUCGUUUCCCCCC